AUGGCUUCAAGAGUGGUGUUCUCACGGCGCUCCCUGGCGCCGCUGGCCACCAUGGCCCUCGGCGGCAUGGCACUGACUCCGGCCACUGUUUUCGCCGAAGGUCCCAGUGACUUCAAGCGAAAACCCAUCUACGAUGACUUCGAGAUACCUGUCGCAAAUCCCGCACCCGUAACACCACCACCUUCCGCACCCGUUGCUGCGACGCCCGUUGAGCCGGUUGACGAGGAGCACCCCCAUUCGCCUUCCCCUACCGAGCGAUUAGCUGUUCAUAUCGGAAGAGGACGUCUAGCUCUGUACAAGUACGCAGUAGCUGCCGAGAACAAGGUCAACGAGACUAUGGAUUCAGCCUUCAACCUUGAGCAGUCCUUCACCAGCACCAUCGCUUCGUUGGCUCCCUCCCGCGAGAGCGGCGAGCAGCUCAUGCCCGGCACCAUCUACGUCUUGGUCGCAGCUAUGGCUGGUAGCAUUAUCACUCGCAACCGUAGCAUCGUCCUCCGCGCCUCACUCCCUCUCGCCUUGGGCAUCGGUGCCGGCUGGACCGUUCUCCCCAUCACCAUGCGCAACAUUUCUGAUCUUACAUGGAAGUACGAGCAGAGAUUCCCCGUUGUUGCAGAGUCCCACAUUCGACUGCGGAAGAGUCUCCUCAACAGCGUCAGCUUUGCCAAGGCUCAUAGUAACCUUGGUGUGCGAUAUGUUGAUGAGAAGGUCACUGACGCGCGAGAGGCCGUUGAGGGAUGGGUCCAGAAGGGCAAAUAA